AUGAGAUACCAAAGGGGCACGGGUUUAAGUACCCCUCAUUGUUCAUCCCUCCCCAGAGCCCAGGGCCACGUCGCAAGCAACCAAUUCACUUCCCAGAGAACAUUACGACCACAAGAAUCAUCCACUAUGAAGUCCACUCUGCUCUACUCUGCGGCAUUUGCAUGUCUCGCAUCCUUUGCUUUGGCUAAUCCGUUGGCCAACACGAACGCUGGUAUAUCCAGACGCGAUACCGCCGCCGCCAUGGGGGCCUUGAAAGUAUGCAGUGGAGAUCGUCAGGCCAGCGCCCGCUGCAUUGGCAAUAGGCUUGGUCCACAGAACGGGUUUCAAAGUUGGUAA